UAAAACAAAAAUGAAUGAGAAAGAGAUUCCAAUGAACCUGAGGGACGAAGAACAAAACCCAAGUGAAGAAACCAAAAGAUUUAUCUCUUCACUUCCUUCAGACAUAGAUUGCUAUGGGAUCAAGAUGUUCAAGUACAAAGGAUGUUGGUACGAGAAAAACAUUCUCCAAGCAAUACUUAGUUUCCAAAAAAGUUUUGAGCCACAAGAAACCGAUAUAAUUGUUGCUUCUUUCCCCAAAUCGGGCACGACUUGGCUAGUGGCACUCGCAUUCGCUCUCGUUCGAAGAUCCAAAUAUCUAUCGAAUGAUGGUCAUCCUCUGCUAUCUCAUAAUCCUCAUGACCUAGUGCCAUUCCUCGAGAUCGAGCUGUACAACAAUGUCAAUAAAAGCUCAAAACCUGAUUUGACCAAGUUCUCAUCAUCAUCAUCUCCAAGAUUGUUCUCAACUCACAUGUCGUUCCAUGCGCUUCAAGUACCAUUGAAGAAGGAGUCUCCAUGCAAGAUCGUGUACGUGAGAAGGAAAGUGAAAGACGUGUUGGUGUCACUUUAUCAUUUCAAUAAGUCUCACAAGGGAGUGUUAUGGGGUGGAGAAGGCAGUGGAGUAGAGGAAAUAACCAUCGAGGAUUUAUUCGAGUCUUUCUGUACCGGAGUUACCUAUUUCGGUCCCUACUGGGACCAAGUCUUGAGCUAUUGGAGAGGAAGCUUGGAAGAUCCCAAGCACGUGCUUUUCAUGAGGUACGAGGAGCUGAAAUCAGAACCUCAUGCUCAGAUCAAGAGACUUGCUGAGUUCUUGGAAUGUCCUUUUACCGAGGAAGAAGAACAAAGCGGAUUGGUUGACAAGAUCUUGGAGCUCUGCUCAUUCCGUAACCUAAGCGGUUUGGAGAUCAACAAAACCGGGAAAAGCUGGAUCGGAUUAGAUUUCAAGACUCUUUAUCGUAGAGGAGAGGUUGGUGACUCAAAGAAUUAUCUGACUCCUGAAAUGGAGACCAAAAUCGACAUGAUCACUGAGGAGAAACUUAAAGGUUCGGGUUUGAAACUCUAGAGUUAUAUAUUCGUGGUCUGUGAUGAAAUUUAAACUGGCACCCCCUAUAACUAAAUAAUACCGGUUUGUGCUUCUUGAAUGCAUUGUAAUAAAACCUUGCUCCUAUUAUUUAAGAGUUGAAAAUUCUGAGUGA